AUGAAAAUGAACAUAGAAGAUUUAAUAUCAUUAGUCCAAGAACGUCAGUGUCUUUAUGAUUACAAACACAAAAAUUAUAGCAACAGAAACAUACAGGAGCAAUUGUGGAAAGAAAUAUCGGAUAUUCUAAAAAUACCAGCUAAUGAAUGCAAGGCAAAAUGGACCACGCUUCGAAAUUCAUUUUCAAGGCAGCUGCGUGAACAAAAAAAAUUGCCAUCUGGGUCCGGAGCAUCAUCAAGAAAAAGAAAAUGGUAUUUGUUUGAUAAUAUGUUGUUUCUCUCUGAUUACGUGUUGCAACACAAAAAAAUGGAAAGGAAUUUGAAUAGCUCCCAUAUAGAUAACAUAGAAAACGAUAGUUUCGUUGAAGAACCUAUAGUGCCAGAUGCUGAACAAAAUUUAGAAACAGUUGAACAAGAAGUGAUUUCACAAACAAUAGUUAAUGAAGAUGCAGAAAAUGAAAAAUCUAGUAAUGAACCAUUAUUUAAAAACCAAGAACAAACCGAAAAAUGUUAG